GGGGGCGGAGUUGGAAUGGCUGUGCCACAGUUGCCGAGGCAACGCCUUGGUUACUUCCGUUGGUCUCAAUGCUUCCGGGUUGGCGUUGCAGUGGCGUUUCCGACUGUGGGAGCUUCGGCUUCCCAGUCGUCUGAUGAGCCGGAGCAGCACCAGAAAAGUGCCACUGUAAGCCAUGAGAUGUCUGGUCUGAAUUGGAAACCCUUUGUAUAUGGCGGCCUUGCCUCUAUUGUUGCUGAGUUUGGAACUUUCCCUGUGGACCUUACCAAAACACGACUUCAAGUCCAAGGCCAAAGCAUCGAUGUCAGUUUCAAAGAUAAAUAUAGAGGGAUGUUUCAUGCCUUGUUCAGAAUCUAUAAAGAAGAAGGUGUACUGGCUUUGUAUUCAGGGAUUGCUCCUGCUUUACUAAGACAGGCAUCAUAUGGCACCAUUAAAAUCGGGAUUUACCAAAGCUUGAAGCGAUUAUUUGUAGAACGUUUAGAAGAUGAAACUCUUCAUAAUAUGAUCUGUGGAGUGGUGUCAGGAGUGAUAUCAUCCACUAUAGCCAAUCCCACUGAUGUUCUAAAGAUUCGAAUGCAGGCUCAAGGAAGCUUGUUCCAAGGAAGCAAUGGCAGCUUCAUUGAUAUAUACCAACAAGAAGGCACCAGGGGUUUGUGGAGGGGUGUGGUUCCAACUGCUCAGCGUGCUGCCAUUGUUGUGGGAGUAGAGUUACCUGUCUAUGAUAUUACCAAGAAGCACCUGAUAUUGUCAGGAAUGAUGGGAGAUACAAUUUUAACUCACUUUGUUUCCAGCUUUACAUGUGGCCUGGCUGGCGCUCUGGCAUCCAAUCCUGUUGAUGUGGUGCGAACUCGCAUGAUGAACCAGAGGGCAAUCGUGGGACAUGUGGACCUCUAUAAGGGCACUUUGGAUGGUAUUUUAAAGAUGUGGAAACAUGAGGGCUUUUUUGCACUCUAUAAAGGAUUUUGGCCAAACUGGCUUCGACUUGGACCAUGGAACAUCAUUUUUUUUAUUACAUAUGAGCAACUCAAGAGGCUUCAAAUUUAAGAACUGAAUAUAUGUGAGCCUGGCUCUGCCAGCCUUUCUAUUCUUUUUCUUUUUCCUUUUUCGUGUUCUAAUGUAUUUUGACAAAAUUGUGUUUAAUGAACCAGUGGUCUCCCAAAGGCCUCCUGAUGGAAGAACAAUAGGAUGGUUCAAAGUUGUUUAUGUGUUUGUGUUACCAUGUUAACUUUCCCCUGAGAGGAGUGUUAACAUUGAGACUCUGGCCCCAGAUUGGUAUCUUCUGUGAAGAUGGAUACUGAUGGGUGACAUUCAAAAUGGCCUUUUUUCCCCAGUGUUGGUUAAAUGUAGUUGCUUAGCCCCAGGUUUGGGCUAGAGCAGAAGGCAUAGGCCCGGACAGUUACUGCUAUGGACCUUGGUUCUCAUUAAAGUAUUUAUUGGCAGAAUCAC